ACGUGAAAGUAUCCGAAGUUGCCGAAACUUUCUCACUUCAGCCCACCCACCAUCAACUGCGACGACCCCCGACGGAUUUUGAAGAUAAAUGCGAGGGCAAAUCCGUCCACUUGAAAGCUCAAAGGAAAGGGCACAAUUUAGGAGUGGCCCCCACUUGCGUUUCAUUGUAACGAGAAAACGAGUAUGGUAUGAAGCUUUAGAGAUAGAGAGGGUCUUUUAGUUUAUUUCCAUAUUUGUCCUCUUGUCGACGCCUAAUUCCAUUCCCCAUUUCGGUUCCUCUCGGAAUCCUUUUCUCGGUAGCCACCUGAGAGUCGCAGAGAGCGAGACCCAAAGCCGACCAGAAACAAAGGAAAAUGGUAUCGGACUCGGAGCUUAUUGCUCGGCUCCGGGAAUUUCUACGGAGCUCGGACCUGAACACGACGACCACGGCAACCGUGCGCCGAAAGCUCGAGGAAGAUUUCGGCGUGGAUUUGAUGGACAAGAAGGCGUUUAUAAGGGAACAGGUGGACUUGUUCCUGCAGAGCGAGCAUGCGAGAGCCGAAGAAGAUGGUGAAGCUGAAGACGACGAAGAAGGAGAAGACGAUCAGACGGCAGCGAAGGCUAAAUCGGAAGAAACCGGUGGUUCUGAUUCUCACGAUGAGGAUGAUGAAGAAGAAGUUCAGGAAAAGAGUAAUGGGAAGGGUAAAAGACGGUCGAACAAGCCUAAAAGUGAGGUAAAGAAGAGAGGGGGUGGUUUUAGCAAAUUAUGUGGCCUUUCUCCUCAGCUUCAGGAAUUCCUUGGGAAGCCUGAAAUGGCGAGGACUGAGGUUGUCAAGCAGCUGUGGGCCUAUAUUAGAGAAAAUAAUUUGCAAGACACUAAUAAUAGGCGGAAUAUAAACUGUGACGAACCGUUGCAUACCCUUUUUGGUGUUAAUUCCAUUGACAUGUUCCAGAUGAAUAAGGCCUUGUCAAAGCAUAUCUGGCCGUUGGACUCAGUUGUGCCGGUCAAAUCAACACAGAAGGACAAGCAGCGGAAACAAGAAAGAGAAGAAGAUCAAGAUGAGCCAAAAAGGAAGGAGAAAAGGCAGAAGGGAGGGAAAUCAGGUUUUCUUGCUCCUCUUCAACUUUCGGAUGCCCUUGUGAAGUUCUUUGGUACUGGGGAAAGUGAAUUAUCACGGGCUGAUACUGUAAAGAGAAUAUGGGACUAUAUAAAGCAAAACAACCUUCAGGACCCAUCUGACAAAAGGAGAAUAAUAUGUGAUGAGAAGCUGAAAGAACUCUUUGACGUUGACUCCUUUACUGGUUUCACAGUAUCAAAACUCCUGGUUUCUCAUUUCAUCAAGACAGAACAGUGAGUCUCACAGAUACUCUUCUUAUGAAGCCUAACGGAAUGGAAGUUUUGCUUCUAGGUCUAGUAUCUUUAUGUACGGCCCACAAACAGAGCAAACAAAAAAUAUUCUGCAAAGAAAAAAGAAAAAAAAAAGGGGGUCUUUUUUCUCUGGCACUUUUUACGACUUCUUCACGUCUUUUGUAGCUUUUGGAUUGCUGAAGUUUUAGUAUUUAUUUUCUUUCGUUUCUGAAAGAUGUGAAUGACAAGGACAGUGUUGAACUA